UGGUUCGGCGCGGGGGCCGUUGGCUCCAGACAAAUAAUCAUGGAGUCCAUCUUCCAUGAAAAACAAGAAGGCUCACUUUGUGCUCAGCAUUGCUUGAAUAACCUGUUACAAGGAGAAUACUUCAGCCCUGUGGAAUUAUCUUCAAUUGCACACCAGCUAGAUGAGGAAGAGAGGAUGAGAAUGGCGGAAGGAGGGGUUACUAGUGAAGACUACCGCACAUUUUUGCAGCAGCCUUCUGGAAAUAUGGAUGACAGUGGCUUUUUCUCUAUUCAAGUUAUAAGCAAUGCCUUGAAAGUUUGGGGUUUAGAACUAAUACUGUUUAACAGUCCAGAGUAUCAGAGGCUCAGCAUCGAUCCCAUAAAUGAAAGAUCAUUUAUAUGCAAUUAUAAAGAGCACUGGUUUACAGUUAGAAAAUUAGGAAAACAGUGGUUCAACUUGAAUUCUCUCUUGACGGGUCCAGAAUUAAUAUCAGACACAUACCUUGCACUUUUCUUGGCUCAGUUACAACAGGAAGGUUAUUCUAUAUUUGUUGUUAAGGGUGAUCUGCCAGACUGUGAAGCUGACCAACUCCUACAGAUGAUCAGGGUCCAACAGAUGCAUCGACCAAAACUUAUUGGAGAAGAAUUAGCACAACUCAAAGAACAGAGAGUCCAGAAAACAGAUCUAGAACGCGUCUUAGAAGCAAAUGAUGGAUCAGGAAUGUUAGACGAAGAUGAGGAGGAUUUGCAGAGGGCUCUGGCACUAAGUCGCCAAGAAAUUGACUUGGAAGAUGAAGAAGCAGAUCUUCGCAGGGCCAUUCAGCUCAGCAUGCAAGGUACUUCCAGAAAUAUAUGUCAAGAUAUUCCACAGACAUCAGGUACACAUCUUACUUCUGAAGAGCUGCGGAAGAGAAGAGAGGCCUACUUUGAAAAGCAGCAGCAGCAGCAGCAAGAUCCACCAGGACAUCCGUGUGAAAAGCCGAAUGCAAGUUCAGGAGCACUUGAUGGUGAUCUAGGUGAUGCUAUGAGUGAAGAAGACAUGCUUCAGGCAGCUGUGACCAUGUCUUUAGAAACUGUUAGAAGUAAUUUCAAAACGGAAGGAAAAAAAUAAUACCUUUCACAAAUCAUUUAGAUAUUCAGUCUUUCCAGUAUUGUCCUGUGUGUUUACAGCAUAGGGUCCAUUUUGGUAAUGUGUCAAAGGGAACAAUUUUCAACAGAGGAAAUAAGACUUAGGUGGUUUGCAAACAGAAAGCUGAGAGGGUGAAAAAUACAUCCGUUGUAGGACUAAAUAAUGAUCCUCCAAACACUAGCCAAAGAGGCAUUCAGCAAUUAAAGAAAUUUAAAAUAGUUUUCUAAAUGUUCUUUUUUCUCUUUUGAGUGUGCAAUAUCUAACAUGUUUAAAAUUAGGGCCAUUUUUCUUGGAUAAUUUUGCAGACCAACUAAUUAUAGCCAGCUAUUGCCACAGAACUUUUCCCCCACAUUUUAUCUUGUUUUCCUCCCUUCUGCAUAGGGAAUUUGGCUGACUUUCAUAAUCUAAAAGUUGCUCUUAUUUCUCUUUAACCAAAUUAACCUUUUAGGACAGUGUCUCUCCUCUGUGUUGAUAGUAGUAACAGUUCCAGAAGGAUAAGCUGUUUACCCUCUAUGUAUUGUGCACCUGGGUGUUUUCUCAUGUUAUUUUCUCUGAUCACAAUUUCUCUGCUACGUGGUUUUCAUUACUUUCUACAACUCUUUUGAAAGAUGGUAAUGUUUCUUGAGGUUUUGCUUUUUAAGCCCUCUAAGAUGGGAUCAUUAUUUCAUGAUUCUGGUGCAUUCCUAAACUCUGAAAUGAGCUCUGCACAAGUAUUUGAGAAUAAAUGAGAAUUUUGUUAAUGUGUGAGCACAUGCUUUCCGAAAUGCUUUGUGAAUGUCUUCUCAGUUGUGUCAGAACUUUAUAGGUUUGUUGUUAAUGCUCUUUCCUGCACCUUGUUAUUUCCUUUUCUUUUCCAAUUGAGAAAAAUAGGAGAAUAGUGUGCAAGUUUCCUUCUGUUAUAGAACAACAUCCAGUGCCCGCCAUGAAUGUAUGACAGAUAAAAUCUGACCUUCAAUUUUAGUAGCAGUUUCAUUUUAUUUUUCCUCUUGUGACUGGUGAUGUCUGUUCUGUUUACAAUUGAAUCAUGAAGUGCAGGUGUCUGCUUCUGCUGUACAUCUUUUAGUAGGUGUAGUUUGCCAGAGAUAAUGAUCUAGAACAUGAAAAUAACUUACCAACAAAACUACAUUUAAAUUUAUACUGUGAUUUAACACGUGCAUUAUGUUUAAAUAGCUUAGAAUUACAGAAGUCACAGUACUUACUGGAUCUGUAAAUAAGAAAGUCUUUAGUUUUGAUAAACAUUCUUUAAUCGGGAUGCAGAGUUUCUUGUUGGGUCAAUGCAGUGGGAUGAUUUUGGUGAAAAUUAACCAUGUCUCUCUGAAAUGGGCCUUUUAAAUUCUAUCAUCUACUCCCCUUCCUUCAUUCUCCAUCCCCCUUUGAAGCCCUUUUGAAUGAUGAAUUGUUCAUAAGCUAAAAUUUAAGAAGAAAUUUCAGCGGACAACUUAGAAAAUUAAAGUAUGAUAUGUUGCCAUAUCCUGGUGUAUGGCUACACAUAUUUUAUCAGGGAAAAAAUUUUGAUGUAGGAUUUAUUGCUAACUGAAAAGAGAUGAAAAACUGCCUUUUAUUUAUGAUUAUGAAAUAGCUUUUUCUUGGAUAGAGACAGAUUUUUUUUUUUUUAGUCAUUAUUUUGUGCCAAGUAAGUUUUCUGAGGUUUCCCUUACAUAAAAUUAGAUGGUUUUCUUUUAAAAUCUAAAGUUUUCUUUUGACAAUUGAAAAUGUUUUAGAAGAAUUACAAAACUUUAGAACUACAAGGGAUGUUGGAUACUACUCCCUAAGAUUUACAAACCAAAAUAUUUUAAGACUGGACCUUUCUGUAGUUAUCCCAAGUAUGCUAGUCAUAUUUUCCAUGGAUAUUUGGCCUGUAUCUUUUCCCAUUGAAGAAUUAAACUUUUCAUAUAUUUGAAUUGAUGAGCUACCUAAUAUAAAAAUGAGAAAAUGAAUAU